CCAUGGAUCUUUCCCAACCCUAACGCCACUCUCCCUUACGCCUCUACCGCCGUGCCGGAAAAAAAAAUCAGCCGGAAAGAACAAACCAAAGUCAUCGAUGCAAGGCCUCGUCGGCUUGGUCCGCGAGUCCCUUGACUUCCGCACCAGCGGGCUCGUCGAUAAGAUCGGCUCUAGCAUCAGGAAAUCUCGAAUCGGACUCUUCGCUAAGCCUCCGCCGGCGCGUGCGCUUCCUCCGCCAUUCUCGGUGGACGACGCGCCGCCGAUUCGGUGGCGCAAAGGCGAGUUGAUUGGGUCCGGGGCCUUCGGGCGCGUCUAUAUGGGGAUGAACCUCGAUUCCGGAGAGCUUAUUGCCGUUAAACAGGUUUCGAUUGCUGCGAGUAGUGCUUCGAAGGAGAAGACACAGGCUCAUAUUCGGGAGCUGGAGGAGGAAGUGAGGCUUCUUAAGAAUCUUUCACACCCAAACAUUGUUAGGUACUUGGGGACUGCUAGAGAAGCCGAUUCGUUGAAUAUUCUGUUGGAAUUUGUGCCAGGCGGAUCCAUAUCAUCCCUCUUGGGGAAGUUUGGGUCAUUUCCCGAGUCUGUUAUAAGAAUGUACACAAAGCAACUCUUGUUGGGCCUUGAAUACUUACACAAGAAUGGAAUUAUGCAUAGGGACAUCAAGGGUGCAAAUAUCCUUGUCGAUAAUAAGGGAUGCAUUAAACUUGCAGACUUUGGUGCAUCGAAGAAAGUUGUUGAACUGGCCACUAUAAAUGGUGCCAAGUCAAUGAAGGGUACUCCAUAUUGGAUGGCCCCGGAAGUUAUUCUCCAGACUGGCCAUAGCUUCUCUGCUGACAUAUGGAGUGUUGGAUGUACUGUGAUUGAGAUGGCUACUGGAAAGCCUCCAUGGAGCCAACAGUAUCAGGAGGUUGCUGCUCUCUUCCAUAUUGGAACAACAAAAUCUCACCCACCCAUUCCUGAGCAUCUCUCUGCUGAGGCAAAGGAUUUUUUAUUACAAUGUCUAGAGAAGGAACCUGACUUCAGGUCUUCUGCAUCAGAAUUGCUGCAGCACCCAUUUGUCACUGGGUAUUAUCAGGAACCUCGUUCAGCAUUACGCACUUCAGUUAUGGAAGCUGGAAACCAGAUGGCAACACCUAGGACCAAUCUUAAGAACUCUAUGAAUGUUUCGAUCAGAAGGUCAACCUCCGCAGGUCUGAAGGAUAUUUGUGACAUGGGCACUGUAAGGUGCUCAACUGUAUACCCUAACAAUAUCUCAGGAGGGAGCUCCUGCUGGGGAGCAAAUAAUACUGAUGAUGACAUGUGUCAGCUGGAUGAUUCUGAUGAUAUAAUGCUUGGUUCAUUUGUAAAAUUCAAUUCUGUGAUGGCAUCCGGAGGAUUGAACAAGAGUUUCAAUCCAAUGUGUGAACCAACUGAUGACUGGCAAUGUAAGUUUGAUGAAAGUGUGGAAUUGGGGAAAAGUGGAAUGAACUUGCCCCCUUGUCAAACAAUACAUGAGGCGUCUAACAGCGCUGGAGCGUCUCAUAAGGUGGAGAAUGAAUUCACAUUUCCUUGUGGUCCAUCAGUAGCCGAGGAUGAUGAGGAAGUCACGGAAACGAAAAUAAGAGCCUUCCUGGAUGAAAAGGCAUUAGAUCUGAAGAAGCUGCAGACACCAUUAUUUGAAGAAUUCUUUAAUACUGUAAAUGCAGCUGGUCCUCCCGGUGGAAUUGGAAAUGCAAAUUGUGAUCAUGUUUCAAAUAAUCUGCAUCUACCUCCUAAAAGCAAGUCACCCAGUAGGGCCCCUAGUAGAAGAUUCUCUUCAAUUGUUGGAUCUGUCAAUGGUUCACGCUUCGGGAAACACACCCUAAAUGCAUCAAAUGCAAGCGUUGAGCAUAAUCAUAUCUUACAGGAAAUUCAGCCACCUCAGCUUAGUGAACGGAAAGGGCCUAUUGCGGAUCCUCAGAAAGAAUCAUUUAGUGCAAGUGCAAGUUUUUCUGAGUUGCAAAGGAGGUGGAAAGAGGAGCUUGAUGAAGAAUUAGAGAGGAAACGAGAGAUGAAACGCAAGGCUGGUUUAGGAAUGAAUACAUCACCAUCGCCGAACAACCGGAUUAUUAGUCGACAAAGAGAGCAGCAAUGGGGUGUUUUCCCCAGAAAAUGA